ACUUUUCAUCGGGUCUAGGGUGUUGCUGCUUUUAAGGCUUACGCGCAGGUUUUAUGACGUGAGAGUAAUGGUAUUGAAUUAGAGCGUGUGCAUUUCAGUGGUCGCGUGAUUUCUGCUCGUAUUCGGACCAAUAAAUGUAACUCAACGUAAGGCUCAUGUGGUCAUUUUAUGGAUUUUCAAUUUCGUCAUAGGUAAUCAUGAUAUAGUGGAUUUUUUACCUUGAAAAUGGAUGAAAGGAAGUUUGAUAAAGAACUAACUGAAGCAUGGGAGUCUUUUCUCAGUUCACCAUCAUCAAAUGAAGAGGAGAGGAGCGAGUUUCUUGACGUCUUCUUAACCAAGUUUAUAUGGAUUGAAGAAAAUGGUGGAAGACAUGAGGAUGCACAUAUGUGUGAUUGGACGAGUAUAGCCAACAUCCUGGCCCACUAUUUUCUAACAGACAUUAACAAGGCUUGCCAUAAGGUCAAAGAUGAGAGUACAUCUUCGGAGGAUAAUGAGGAGAAUGAAGUAGAACCCUUGCGGAUAUAUUUGUUGGAAGAGAGAGGGUGGAGAAUUGUUCGAGUUUUGAAAAGCAUUGGUGUCAAGAACCUCUUGUGUGGUAAGGAACUGGCUGCACUAUUUGUCUCACUUCUUCCCCUCUGUUUCAAGUUUCCAGUAGAGCAGACAGAAUGCCAGUGGUCUUUGUCUGAUGUAGAAGAUUUGGAGAACUGUUUCAAGACUUACCAGCAAACCAGAAGUUUAAAUGGCAGCUUGAUCAGAAAACAGUGGAAAUCCUUAAAAAUUAAACCUGUUUGUGUGAAGAACCUUCAUAAAAAGAAAUUCUUGUGCAAAAAAGAUACUCGCAUCAAAAAACCAGGUGACAGUUCCUCAUCAGAAUCUGAAGAGGAAGAUGAUGAAACUGUGAUAAGCUCUUUGACUUGUCGCCCAAUGUCACAGAAAGUUGCUCUUUGUAAACAUUCUGUUGACUUUGAUUAUUUUUCGAAACCAUAUGCUGAAUCUGAAAUCGAAACGUGGCUUCAAAGUGCUCAGAAUGAGACAUUAGAUUAUCAGCAUGGGGAUCAGAAGUUUGUGGAUCUACUUAAACGAAAGGUUUCUGUGAUUGUAUUCUGUGAUACUAUCUUGAAUAUCUUACAGCAGAUUUGUUUAAGUGAACGGUGCCAACUUUGGAACCACUACUCAACUACAGCAGGGGAAGUCUUUCCUUUUGCAUUAGAAACACUCCAAUCUGUACAGAGAGGUACUCUUUUGCCAAGUAUUUGGACAUCUGAAAAUGUUCAACAAAUCCAAAAACAGUUAUUGAGAAUUUUAUUUACCUGUGCCGAAUCCCUUGUUGUUUCCAGAGGGUGUCGGGAGCCUUUUGAUGACAAUGCAACUGUAAAGUCACUUUUGACAUGUCUCAGGGAUGUGCUUUUAGAUGUUGAAGGUGAAGUGAUUGAAAACUAUAAUCAAGCUCAACAAAGUGCACCUAUGUCCUUUACUGUAGAUUUUUGUUACGAAGUAAUGUGUGGAAUCUUCCUUUUAAUUCUUUCGCUAAUAGAAACUACAUCUGCAUCACAAGAUUUUACUAGGUUAGUCCAUUUGAUAAGAACUCUUUCGGAGGGCAGUGUAACUGCUAUAUGCUGUAAGAUUAUUACAAGUUUAGAAUCUCAAACAGAUCAUGACAGAAUUGAUAAGUUGAUUUUGCAUAUUCGAGAAGUUGUGUUGUCUUUGAAAAGAAUCAAACUGCUUCAUGUCCAUCAGACUACCUGUAGUCAUCAGAGGCACCACAACUGUGAUCUUUCCUCUUCACUUUUUCACCAUGAUGAUAUCAUUGGGUCUCACAUAAAUCACAGUAUUACUAACAGGUCUCCGCUGUGCUGCAUUGCUACAGUAAAUUAUCUUCUCCUAUAUAUCUUCAAGGCUGCACAGGACCAGAAAACUAUGUUGACUGUUUUAAAAGCAAUAGGCAAAGUAGGAAUUUGUUGUUGUUUAAAUGUUACUGAAGUGUGGCAAGUUCUGCUGUCUAGGCUUCAGAGCCAGUCUCAGUGGGUUCAAGUGGCUAUUUUCUCCCUCAUGGAAAGGCACUUAGUUUGUCAGCUAGGUGGAUCAACUAUUAGCGAACAAAAUCUUUGUAAUGUAUGCUGGGAUAGGGUGCAUGUACGAGUGAGAGAUCAGGUCUCUCCUAUGGGAAGUGAACUACUUAAAUUCAACAGUGCUUGUUACACAAGUGAAAAUAGUAUUGAAGACUACACAUCUGAGCUAGAAAACCCAUGGUACAUUGUUGAAAUAUACAAAAACUUGUUGGCAUCAAGCAAUGUGGAGCUCACAGUUUUAAUUACAAAACAUCUCUUGUACUUGGUGAAAACUGGUACUGAAGUUUUGAAGCAGCAACUUUUUUUACGAGUUGUGCUACCUUUGUUUUUAACCUUGGAUGCUAGAGAGAGUGAAGACCACGACACUGUGAGCACAUCACCCAAAAAACAACAACACAUCAUUCUCGAAUGUUGUAUGCUCACUCUUCCUUUUCUCCUGAAAGUUCAGAAGACUGUACAUAUAUUCCAGGACACUGGGUGUCUACGUAAGUUAUGCCGUUUACUUCAAGCACCAGCUUUCAGGCAUAUGGCAUUGCAAGCUUUAGAGGUAAUCAUCAUCUUGGAAACGGAACCUUCCAUACACCAAAGUAUCAACGAAAGUGUGGAGCAAGCUAGUUCCCAGUUAAAGUUGAAUGAUUUGACAGCUUUUUUAGCCUUCCAAGAGGUCUUGGCUCAUUACAAUGUUCAGUUUUUAAAAGAAUCUGCCAGAAUCUUUUCAACAGAGAAUCACCAUGAGCAGGAACUUCAGUCUUUGAAAGCUGCUUGUGUAAGUUUUCCAGAGUUAGAGAGAGAAAAUGUUUUGACUGUAGACUAUUCUAGUAAUAAUGAUGACAGAGAAGAAGAGGGCUUGGUAACUAAAUCAGAAGAGGAGUUACCAAUUCUGUCAGCAGAAAUCCACGCAAGAGAGCAUUCAUCUUUGGACAGUGUCAAACAUGAGACUGAAAUAAAUGAUUACAGAACUCUUGUACUGGUAGAAGAUUUCCAAAUCAAAAGUUUGAAGAAUUUGUCCUUUCUUUGUGAUCUCUGGUCAACAUGCCACCAUCUGGUCCAAAAGAGUUUGAUAUAUCGAGAAUGUCUUCAAUCUCAUCCUGUUGCUUGUGUGAGCUACGAUCUUCUGGUUGCCACCAUUCAAGAAUUCAUUGAAACUGCCUGUAAUGAAAGAAAAACUAGCUGGACAUCUCAUGUUUCUUCUAGAUGUAGAUUGUGGAAAAAAAACUUGGUUAACCUCAUUGAGACACUUCUGUCUAUUGGUCUCCACCUAGGUCCUAUAAAGUUGCAAGAAAGUGAGAUUCUUUCCCAAGAAGCUCUGUUGGAUUCCGUGAAGCACUAUUUGUUAAAAUUCUCUGGUAAUGAUGCUAAGGAUCUGAGGAUGUUGUAUGAAACUCUUAUACAUUGUUCCACGCAAAGUACGGAUGUCUUGUAUAAGACUGAGAGAAUGACGACCAAAGGUGAAACCUCACCUGUACACGUUGUGGAACAUGAAGGGCUUGAUAUGUUGUCUUCCUUGGAUGAUACUACCAACAGUGAAUUGGAAAACUCUGAUGGCUAUGAAGCUGACAUUGAGCAACAUAUUUUCAAGCUAGUCUCAAAGAAAUCCGCACCUAGAAACAAGGAACUGGAUACGAACUGCAACAGUUUAGUGAUGAAGGUUAUUUUAGACAUGUUACUCUACUAUCAUAAUGACCCAGGUAAAGUGAACAGUUCAGACUAUGUAGAGGUUGCAGUCUAUAUCAUCCAGAGGCUUACCACCAUGUGUCAAACCCAGAGUGGGACCUGUUCAGUCCUGUAUAAACAGGGUAUCAUUUCUAUCAUCUGUGAAGGAUUUAAAGAUGUGUUGACUUCUUCAAAUUCAGCGUUGAAAGAUCUUCAGAGUGCUCUAGUUGAUCUGUUGGCUUUCGUAGGACAGUAUUGGCUUUCUGCAGAUGAACUCCAGAAGCUGAUCAACCUUUUUAAAAUGGAGACUGCGCCCGUGAAUAUCAUCUUAGAGGGUUUAAAGAAAUUAUUUGAAAACCUUCCAAUUCAGCCAUCGUAUUUCUUGAGCUUCCCGAACCCCACCUUUAUACCAGUCUCAGAAUGUACUAAGAACAGUAACAAUGGUAAUGAAUCAUAUUUCAUCAACACGGCAUAUCCAGAAUCAAGCCACACUUCAGAUCUAUCUGUCGACUUGCCUCGAUUAAUGCAUGCACAGUUCAUGAAUCUCCAAAAUCAAAGUGAUCCAUGCAAGACAAUGUCAGCUUGGGCAGUGGCUGGAGCAGUUCUUCCUUUGUCCCAAGAAAAUAUUUGGUCUCCUCGUAGUAAAGGAUUUUCUUUUGUGACUUGGCUUGCUGUUUCUCCAAUGGGUGGUGUGAGAAACAAUUUUAAUGAAGGUCACAGUAUAGGCAAUAACCCUGGUCAUGUGGCCUUAAAGACAGAAAACUUUUCCGAUAGUGAAAGUGUAGAGGUAAAAUGGGAACCAACAGAAGAUAAAGUUUUACAUGUGCUUUCUGUGUCUUCAGACUUGCUGCUGUUUGAGAUGUGGGUAACUCCAGAACGAGGAGACUUAAUUUUCAGAAUCACAAAUGCUACAAGUCAGAGUUACUUGUGUUUGGCUGAGGGUGCUUGUAGACGUCUCCUAAAACCUGAAAGAUGGCACUGUGUUGGAGUGAAUUGUAAAGAGACCAGUGUUCGAAAGACUUCCAAUGUUGUAGUCUCUGUGUAUGUGGACGGACAUCAAGAGAAAAACGUGUUACUCAAGUUCAAAAAUCCAGGGAAUAAAAAAAACCAAACUUCAUGUAUUCUCUUGGGACAUUCAGUAGAAGUUACUGAUAGGAUCCUGGGAUUUGGGACACUCAUGGUAUUUAAAGAUGUAGUUCUGACAAAAGAACUGAGUUUUCAUCUGUCCAGCCUAGGACCUGAUUUUACUAGUCUUACAGACUGUGAAUUGGGUAAUGAAGUCUGGUGUCCUGCACAUCUUACAUCACAGCUUGUCCAUUCUGGCCUGAGCCAAGAGAUACUAAGUGGUUUAAAGAUGCCAUCUUUAAGACCUUUACAGGAAACUUUAUUAGCUGUUUAUGUUGCAAAGAAUCCAAACAAUUUUCUACUGUAUCCUCAUGUGGUAGGAUCAUCUGGAUCAAUCCUUCAACCUCUGAGUUCAUUUUCACUGGCAUCUGCAGGGUUCAGGGUCGUGUCUGAAGACCAGCGCUCAUCCCAACAACAGCCGAUCCAGAAAGAAGUUAUUGCCUUUGUAAGAUUAGAACCAACUUGUAAGCAUAGUUUGCAUAUUGCGGUUACCCAGCUAGGGGGAAUAGCAGUCUUCAUCUUUCUUCUUGCAAGAAUGGUCGAGGUUUCUGAUGAUGAGGCUACACAUGCUGCGGCCCUGAAGUUACUUCUUCAAACAGUCUCAAAACAUCAAUGUUAUAGAAAACAGUUUUGUGAUAUUGAUGGAAUGCAGCUUCUAAAAAGAGUAUUGUCAAGCAGGAAAUGUAAAACUGGGUAUCUCAUGUUGCAUGUUUUUAUGAAUGCGUGUGUUAAUACUCCUGUGACAGAAGUGGAAAGACGUACUGGUUCUGUUGCCAUCGAUCGACAUUCGGAUGCUCUCCUAAUUGAUCCCCAACUUUUUGCUACAGCAAUUUCAGUUUGGUCUGUAUGGGAGAAAAUCGAUGCGGAUGUGUUGAAAAUGUUCUUUGUUGUGAUGGAAGUUCUUGUGAGAGAAAAACAUCCACACCAGAUGUUCAACAUCAACCAGAUGCUGUCUGUACAAGUUUUUGAUAAACUCUUGUUAAUGUUGAAGGAAAAGUUUAUACAUCUAGAGAAUGGGAAUUUAUCGGUGGACGUUGUGAAUUCAAUGACAAGUGUUAUUUCUUACUUAUUGAAAAGCCCACCAGACUUAGUGUUGCUGACCUCCUUGUGUGACUCCAUACUUCUCCUGCACAGAGCUACAAGCACUUAUGUCUGCCAUGCUAGAGCAUCGUUCUAUUUCCUUAUUUCUCCUCAUGCACAAUCUCGAUGCAUAGUUUCUACAACAGAAGAAAAGAAAGUAGAUUUAAAACCUGGUUCAGCUCCUGCUUCUUCAGGUCAUGUGGACUUGUGUGAUGUAGAAGAAGGAGACAUAAAUGCUAAGGUAGGUGAAAGAAGUAGCAACUUUGUUACAAAUUCAUCUGAACCUGUGCAGUUAACAAGUUCGAGUGAGCAUUUAUCAACAGUUUGUGGUACUGUCCAGUCUAAGAAGCAGAGGAAAGCCCUUACAAACUUGAGAAUAAAACAAGGUUCCAGUGGAAUGGAAACAUACAAAGAACAUGAAGUUUAUCAAGAACAAAUAAUCCAGAAACAUGGAAAAUGCCACCAGGAACAAACUCAACAUGACACUAGAAAAGAGGACCAUCAGAAGGAUGUGAUGCAAGACACUAAAAGUGAAUGCUAUCAGGAACAAACUCAACAUGACACUAGAAAAGAGGACUAUCAGAAGGAUGUGAUACAAGACACUAAAAGUGAAUGCCAUCAGGAACAAACUCAACAUGACACUAGAAAAGAGGACUAUCAGAAGGAUGUGAUACAAGACACUAAAAACGAAUGCUAUGAGGAAUACAUUUCAGAUGAUCAAGAAAAUAUUUCAGAAGAUUCUGAACAGGAAGGUUAUCAGGGGCAGGUGAUGCAAGGCUCUGAACAGGAAGGUUAUCAGGGGCAGGUGAUGCAAGGCUCUGAACAGGAAGGUUAUCAGGGGCAGGUGACGCAAGGCUCUGAACAGGAAGGUGAUCAGGGGCAGUUGAUGCAAGGGUCUGAACAGGAAAGUGAUCAGGGGCAGGUGACACAAGAUCCAGAAAAGAGAAGUUACCAAGAAAUUACAAAUAAAGAUUCUCUGUCAGAAGCUCAUGAUGAUCGAACAACACAGCACUGUGAAAUGGAUAGUCCUCAAGAUCAUGGAGUAUCAGUAUCUAGGCUUGAGAAUUAUCAAGUUGAUCAGUAUGAAAAUGAUGAGAAAUGGAAAUUGGAAAAAGGGGGUUACAAUGAAAUGAUAAAUUGGUAUUGUGAAGCAGAAGGUGAAGAUGUUCAGGGUCAGAGUAACAGUCAAAUUCAACAGCCUGAAGACUGGGUUAGUGAGCAAUUUAAAGAUGAAACCAACAAAUCUCUUGGGGCAGACCUACAUUUAGAGGUCAAAGAAGUUUCUAAUUUGGACAGAUCUUGUCGGAAGGCUUCUGAUAAUACGUCUCUUGAAGAUGUCAUACAAGAUAAAAGUUCUGCUUCAGAAAUUACCCAAGAUUUAAAGUUUGAUUCUUUUUUUACUGCUACUUGGCUAGAUAAUAAAAAUAAUAAUCAUUUGAUAGAUGAUGGAACAUUUGGAACAAGCUCUCUGUCUGCAGUAAUUGACACAGAUGAUUUACUUAUUGACCCAGUUAGUUUCAAAGAACAGAGUCCUAAGGACGAUAAUGACAUGCGUGAAGAUCAGUUUUUUACGAAGAUCGAGUCAAAGCUAUUAAAAGACUGUGAAAUUAAGACUGAUGACAUGAAAGUCUUUUGUACAAAAGGCACUGAAAGAGAAGGAAAUGGAAAUCCUGAAAACUCCGUGUUGUUAGAAAAGUCCAAAAAAAAGUGUGAAACACAUGAAACGGAUGAGAAGUCUAUCACUACGCUACUAAAUGAAUUUACUGAUUUAAUGGUCGCUGAAAACAACUGGACAUUAAUUCAGAGUGAUAUGAUAAAGAAUGAAGAUGACCACAUGUCUAUAGGAUCUAGUGUAGAGAUAAUUUCUGAACCUGAACAGGACCAAACUGAAGAAUGGGAAGUAAUUUCAGAUGUGGAAGAGAAUGGAUUUGAUUUUGACAGCCUUACAGCUGUGUGUGUAGGAUUGUUGAAUCUUUUAGAAAAUGUAGUACUUACCAUUCCCGACUCCCUGGUGUCUCAGGUUUUAGGAAAUAUUGUAAGACCCGAUAUCUUAAUUGUUUUGGCUCAUCAUAAAAGUGGAUAUCUUCGUUCAACAGUUGUGAAGGUAAUAAGUGCGUACCUUCAGAGAGCAUUUGAUGAACAAAUAAAUGGAUUUUUGAAAAUGAAGGGCUUCCAUCUUCUUGCCAACCAACUUCAUCAGUACAGUGUUACAUCAGAGUUAGUGGAUGCUUGUUUCAGCAUAGUAAUUGGUAGACACUUCAGUUUUGAUGGGGAGUUUCAGUUUACCCUUCCAUUACAACUUAAUUCAGUCCAACUAAUGGCUUGUGUUCCAUUAAUGGCUCUUCUUCCUAACUGUGCCUCAGAUAUUCCACUGUGUCAUAAUGUUAUUUAUGGAAUAUCAAAGGUGUGUAAGCACUCGUCUUCUGACUUGAAAACACUACUGGAAAAUGGUCUAGCUGAGAGCCUGUGUAACUUGAUUAUAGAAAUCAGUCAUUCUGAGCCAAGACCAACUGAUGUAGAGAAUGUUUAUGAACAAGAUCUUCUCAAGGAUGAUGUCUUCCAGCUUCUUCAUCUUAUAGCCUUCACUCUUUUUGG